ACCUAGCAACCGUAAACAAGCUGCCAUAAGCAGAGUCGAAGCGCGAGAAAAAUGAUCGUUUUAAACAUUUAAACACAGCCAUUCGAUUGAUAAUAUAGCUUUUAUUUGUGCAUUAGCUUAAGACUUCAACUCCCAGUUUGUUUGUUUUUGUUUGAGUAGGAAUACAUUUUAUCGCCAGCGUGAAAAGAGGGAAGACAAACUACAAUGCUUACCCAAGGUGACCAAGCGAGUAUCGGCAAAGUCCUCAGCUUUCUCCGGGAGUGGGACCGUGGUGACAGGACGGUCCGCGGCCGACUGUUGAACACCUUCCUGAUCCAGAACACAGGAAAGACGUUCUAUGAGCUGGAGCUUGAGUUCGCUCAGGUUGCUAGUCUGUUCCUGGCUCGAGUGACCACCUGGAUGAGACUCACAUUCAUGUUUGGCACAUUUUUGGGAUUGCAGCUUAAAGCAAUAGGGGUUUUUCUUUCUGCAUCAAGCCAUGAUCAGUACCUUGUGGAGUUUGUAGAGGAUGGAGGUGUUCUCACUCUCCUGGAGAUCUUGAGCCACUCUAAAAGUAAAGAGGAGGAUAAGACAGCAGCCCUCUGUCUGCUGCUCACUGUUUCAAAUGCUGGUCGCAAGUACAAAGAGUUCAUCUGUGAAAGCAAUGGUGUGAAAGUCAUAGCAGAGUCCCUGGCUACAUCAAACACUGAUGACACGCAAGAGUCAGCUCGAGCCCUCCUGGAGUCCCUGUCCCAUGGAAACCCAAAAUAUCAAAACCAAAUCUACAAAGGUCUGAUUACGCUCAUGACUUGUUCCUCUCCAAAGGCACAGCAGCUGGUCCUGUGCACCUUACACAUUGUGCAGUCCAAAAUGAAAACAGCCCACCAUAACAUUGUAGAGCCUCUGUUACACAUGCUCAGGUCCCUGCACCUGGAAGUUCAAGAUGCAGCUAUAAAUCUUAUCCUGAUCCUGAAGCCUUAUGAUGUCAGGCCAGUGCUGCUCAGUGGACUGGUCGCCCUGCUGAGACCCAGUAAAGAAGAAGUAGAGCAGCAUCAGAAUACAGAGGAGUCUGAGAUAACCCAGAUGACAGGAUCUCUGCCUGUGUUUGUGCAACAAGCAGCUGCAGCUAAAACUAUGCGCCUGCUGGCUGAGGGAAGUCAGGAAGUUUCCAGCGAGCUUCUCUCUCUUGGUGUGAUCCAGCAUCUCCUUUUUGCUGUGGGCAACAGAGAGCACAUCGAUUCCCAGAUACAAGCCAGCUUGGCCUUACAGCAUUUUGUCCACUCAUACCCUGCGAUAGAGGAACAUGUACAGAGAGUCACUGGCAGUACACUGUUUGCAGCACUAAUGUACAAAGCUGAAACUUUGUACAUGAAUAUGGAUGAAACACAAGCAGAAAUUCUGCAAACUAACAACCUGCUCAUAACUGAAGGUUUUGAUGGUGACCAAUCCAAAGGCUGACAAGGGAAACAAUCCAUUAAAUUCGGGGUUUCCAAACUUUUCAGCCUGCGACCCCCAAAACAUUGGUGCCAAAGACUCGCGACCCCCCAGUGACCCUCAAAGUGAUUUAAUGUGGCUUCUUUUAGCUGGUCUGGAGAAAAUUAGUCUACCUAUAUGAGCAUGUGGCUGUGUUUCCUGUGUCGUUAUGAAUUUACCUACUGCUACUGAUGCUUUUGAUAAUUAACUGAUCACUAACUCUAAACUUAGGAGUCAUCUGACAAAAAGAAAGGCAGAAAACUCAUUACAUUUUCUAUUUUCAAGGGUUUAUUUUAAGUGUAGCUACUAUUUAGGCUGAUUUAUUUUACAAUAAUGGGUAAAAUGUACUAUUUUUAGAUUAAAAAAACAUUCUGGAAGACAUCUCACAACCCCCCAUUUGUGUCUCGCGACCCCCCUGGGGGUCCCGACCCACACUUUGGUAACCCCUGCAUUAAAUGAUGCAGACUUAAAGAAAUGUUGAAAAUAUGAUUUGGACUAAGAAAGCAGAUUUAUUCUUAAUUUCCUGUGGACUAUUUAAUUUAGCAUUUAUAAAAAAACUUGAUCAAUGGACUUUGAUUUUGUUAAAAAAUUGCAAUCUGUAAUCAUUAUUGCCAAACUGUACAUUUAUUUAUCAUAACAUUGCUUAUCAUGUUCUUAAUUCUGCGAUUUUUUAAUUUGUUUUGUUCGAAGAAGUACUGAAAUAAAAUGUAUAUUCAGUCCAGUGCAUCUGUAAUAGCCUUAUUAAUGUAACAUAAGCGCUACACAUGGUGUUUACACAAUCUCAAAUUUGACCCUCCCACCGGAGAUGACGUACU